GUGUAGAAUACUGUUAAGCAGCAGAGCUAGUGUCAAGAUUUGCGGAAGAUAGAGAGGCGUCACUUUCUUGAUCUCAAAGCAGUAAAGAAUUUUGUGAGGCGAAAAUGGAGGAAUUAAGCAGUGCUUUGAAUUCCCAUAUGGACCAAAUGGCAGAUCUUGUGGAGAAAUUCUCUGCAGAGAUGAGGUCGAGUCUUAGACCAGCAUAUGACAACUUCAUAGGAUUCUUCCACGCCAUUGACUGGACGGAACCUUGGUUGGUAGGUCUUCUUUCAUUUCACGCCGUGUUUCUUCUAGUAUGUAUCGUGUCUCGGAAGAACAUCAAUUUCCAGAUGUUUUUGUUCCUUUUUGCAUUGGGAGGAGUGUAUGGUGCUGAGAGGCUUAAUCGUAUAUUAGCUGCGAACUGGAAAAGUUUUGCGCGCCAGAAUUACUUUGAUUCACAUGGCAUUUUUCUUUCCACACUCUGGUCUGGGCCUCUGUUGGUUAUUUCGAUAAUAAUCUUGGUUAAUACCCUCUUUUCACUAUGUUACCUGAUUGUCAGGUGGAAAAAAGCAGAACUUAGACACCGGGCAAGACUAGCUAGCAACAAGGAGGAUUAACAAACAUAUUUUCUGCUCUGCUACGACUAAAGCAUGGGGGGAUGGGGGGAAUGUGUCUUAUGCGACAUCUUACUAUUCUCUCCCUACACCAACUGCUGAAGAGAAUUCCUUAACACUCGGUUACAUAAGGAUAUAUUUCGUGUUAACCUUUUCACUGUUUACAUGUGUUUGCAUAGGUUGGUUCAAAUUAUCUUUGAAGAGGUGAAAUUAGCAUAGCCUUUCUUGCUUUUAUACCCCCACCUGAGAAACGUUGCCCAGCUUUCAUUUAAUCUUGCAAUGUUAGAUCUUUGAAUUUCUUAUAUCAAGAUUAAAUUGAGUCUCUCAAAGAAGUCUUGUGUGAAGUAUUUGGUCUCUUUAUACAUUGCCUAGAUUAUACCAUUGAAACUCAUCAUGGUUCACUCUAUGUUACAGACUA